AUGGACUCAAGAUCGGUGUUUGUCUUAUUAUGGAUGUUGCUGUUGUCCACCUCCACUGGAAUCAAACUAGAUGGAAAUGGAUAUGUUGACGUUAUAAUCGCAAUCGGUUCAAAAGUUCCACAGGAUGACAGACUAAUUGAUAAAAUCAAGGACAUGGUCACUGAAGGGUCAGUUUAUCUUUAUGAAGCAUUGGAUAAAAAGGUCUAUUUCAAAGAAGCUACAAUACUAGUCCCAUCCCACUGGAGUUGUAAGAAUGUUACCAAAGCAAGAACAGAGUCAUUUGAUAAAGCAAAAAUAAGAAUUGAUAAUGCUAAUUCAACCUACGGUGAUCAGCCCUACACUAAACAGUAUGGAGAAUGUGGAACUAUGGCAGAGUACAUUCAUUUCACCCCAGAAUACCUCCUGAAUGACACAGUCAUCCAGCUUUACGGAUUAAGAGGAAGGGUCUUUGUGCAUGAAUGGGCUCAUCUGAGAUGGGGUGUUUAUGAUGAAUACAGUGAAGAAAUGCCAUUCUACUACUCUAAUGGCCGUAUUGAAGCUACAAGGUGUAGCAAAAAUAUUGAAGGUCAGUUUUAUGAGGUUACUGCUGAAAGAUCUCUUCAAGCAUGCCGUAAUGAUCCACAAACUUCACUACCAACCGACAAGUGCAAGUUUUUUCCAAACAUAAAUAAAAAAACAAACAGCUCCUUAAUGUUCCUACCAAGCCUGGAUUCUGUGAGCAAAUUUUGUCGUAAAAACGAGCACAAUUAUGAAGCCCCAAACCUGCAAAAUAAAAAAUGUGGCAAAGCGACAUGGACCGUAAUAUUUGAGGAUUCUGUGGAUAAAGAUGCACUUCGUUCUCUGAAACCACUGCAGUCCCCUCCGCCACCACCAUCUUUCAAAGUUGUGCAGAGGACACAACGGGUCGUUUGUCUCAUCCUUGAUGUCUCAGGAAGCAUGGCAGGUGCUAGAAUUCUUCAACAGCGACAGGCUGCCACACAUUUCCUGCGGUACAUCAUUGAGGAUCAAGCCAGGGUUGGAAUUGUAACCUUUAGUACUGAUGCUUCUACUCUGCGAUCCUUGACUAUUAUUGACAGUAACAAUGCUCGAGAGACUCUUGUCCAAUUGUUACCAAAAGUAGCAGCUGGAUCAACAAACAUGUGUUUGGGCCUUAGUCGAGGCUUACAGGUGCUUCAAGAGGACAAUGGGGAUGUAUUAGGAGAUGAAAUCAUUUUUCUGACAGAUGGUCAGGCAACGGACAACAUUGCUGGUUGUGCUCCAUCUGCAAUACAAAGUGGUGCCAUUAUAAGCACAAUAGCUUUUAGUAAAAGUGCAGCUCAGGCACUGACAGAAAUGGCGAACAAAACUGGGGGGAUAUUUCUCAUAGCCAAAGCUGACAUGAUCUCCAACCAGUUAAUGGAUGCGUUUGCUUCGCUUACAUUAUCAACUGGUGAUUACACAAACGAACCAGUUCAGCUAGAGAGUGUUGGAAAAAGAACAUCUGAUUGGUUUAAUGGAACAGUAUCAGUGGAUCAGACUGUUGGGAACAAAACCAGCUUUGUAAUAAUCUAUGAAAUACGUUUUCCUAGCGUUUACAUACAAUCACCAAGUGGCUCAAUCUACACUCAGACAAGUAUGAGUCAUGAUGGUUCUCUGAAAACAGUCACUUUAAACAUUCCAGGAACUGCAGAGCCUGGGGACUGGAAGUACAGUAUCCAAACUACCUCAAAUCAGGCUUUCACUAUAACAGUAACGAGUCAAGCGUCGCGUGAUGAUGUUCCUCCUAUUAUUGUCAAAACCCACAUGAACCAGCAGUUCAAUGACGGCUCUAAACCCAUGAUAGUGUUUGCUGAGGUUAGUCAGAAUUACAGGCCUGUAAUAAAUGCUGAAGUGUGGGCUACACUGGAGUCGGAAACUGGGUCCGUACAUACAUUACAACUCCUGGACAAUGGAGCAGGAGCUGAUACUUUUCAAGAUGACGGAAUCUAUUCCAGAUAUUUCACAAAGAUUGUUAAUGGGAGAAGCAGCUUGAAAGUAAGAAUGAAGAAUCAAGGUGGACAAACCAGAUUUGCUGUCCAAAAAAAGAGUGGUGCCCCAUACGUACCCGGAUAUGUGGUAAACGGUGUAGUGCAGCUGAACCCUCUAAAGCCUCCAGUUUCUGAGGAACCACUUGAGGUUGGAAGCUUCACCAGAACAGCCACCGGAGAGAGUUUUGUGGUGAAACUUUCAAGCACAACUCCACCAACCUUCCCUCCUAACAGAAUCACAGAUCUGAGUGCUGAGCUCCAGGAGGACACUGUGUUUCUCAGCUGGACAGCACCUGGUGAGGACCUCGACCAAGGCACAGCUAAAUCCUAUGAGAUCAGGUGGAGCUUUGACCUUGAUAUGCUUCGAAACAGCUUCAGCAACGGUCAUGUAGUCAACACAGCUGCCGUCUCACCUCAGGAGGCUGGAUCAGAUGAACAACAUUCAUUCAAUCUCAGUUUCCCAAUCCAAAAUGGGACCACACUCUUCUUUGCGGUUCAGUCAGAGGAUGAACAAAAUGCAACAUCUGAAACCUCCAACAUUGCUCAAGCUUCAAAGAUCCUCCCUGGUCCAAAAGCCCCAGGAGUAUCAAACCCAGGCAUGAAUUUGACAGUUAUUGUGAUUUCUGUGUGUGUGGUAACUAUGGUCAUAUGCUUUAUUGUAGCUGUAUCCACAUGGGCAGUGAGACGCAGGAAUCUCUCUGUCUAA